AUGUCAUCAAGUAGACUCGUGCCGGCACUGUCACGCAACAUCGCAUCGGGCAGUCGUAUUGCAUCCGCACUGCCGCCCAAGCGUGCCGCUCUCCGACCAGCUCACGCUCAGUUGCGAUCCAAAUCAACCCUCUGCGCCUCCAACUCUUCUCGCUUGCCCUCGCUACUCUCUUCACUCCGCCUACACCAGCACCGCAACUUCCGCACGGCAUCUGCUCUAUGCCACGACCGCGCCCCUUCUCGCACCGAAUCGUUCAUCCCCGAAACAUCCUCGUCUGCGUCUUCCAAAUCCUCUCUCUCCUCCCAAGAGGAAGCGGCUUCGAUACCAGUCACAGGCGAACGCACCCCUAUCGGUCAAAUCGAACAACGGCUCGCUAUCACCUUCACAUGCACUGUCGACGAAUGCGGGCAUCGCAGCUCACACGAGUUCUCCAAAAGGUCUUACACGAAGGGGAUUGUCAUCGUCCAGUGUCCCGGAUGCAAGAACCGACACUUGAUCGCCGACAACUUGUCCUGGUUCACAGAGAAUGAGGGCGAGCCGAGGACGAUCGAGCAGAUGAUCGAGGCCAAGGGCGGAACUGUCAGGAGAGGCACGGUUGAUGGUGAAACGGGCGAGACGAUCGAAAUCCUCUCAUAG